AUGUAUUCCACAGGACCGGAGAAGCUUAAAGAGCUGAGGAUUGUGCUGCUGGGAAGGACUGGAGCAGAAACGAGUGCAGCAGGAAACACCAUCCUGGGGAAGAAGGCGUUUAAAUCAGAGCUCUCCUCUUGUGAGAGAGCCGGAGGGGAAGUGGAUGGGAGAGAGGUGUCUGUGAUUGACACUCCAGGCCUGAUUCACGCAAAGCGCAGUAUGGAUGAGAUCAUAAAGGAGAUUGCAAAGUGCAUCGUUCAGUCCGCUCCGGGACCCCAUGUGUUCCUGGUGGUGCUCCAGGUGAACAAAUUUACAAAUGAGGAGCAGGCAAGAGUGAAGAUCAUUCAGGAGACCUUCGGUCCUGGAUCAGCUAAAUACUUCAUGGUGCUGUUCACUCAUGGAGACGAGCUGAAGGGAAAAUCUAUUGAAGAACAUGUGAGUGGCAGUAAAGAGCUCACAGAGUUCACAGCUCAGUGUGGGGGUGGAUACUAUGUCUUUAACAAUAAGCACAUGGAGAAUCACUCACAGGUCUCAGAGCUGCUGCAGAAGAUUGAUGAGGAAGUAGCAACCAAUGGAGGAGGCUACUUCACCAAUGAGAUGUACAAGAAGGCGGAAAAAGAAAUUGAAAAAAAGAAGAAGGAGAUAAAAAAAAAGAUCCCAGAGAAGGAAGCGAGAGAAAAAGCAAUAAAUGAAGUAAUAGAAUGGGAAGAUGGGUGGUGGUGGUACUACUACUACUACAAGGGUUGA